AAAAUGUUAUGGGCAUUAUUAUUGUAUAACAAAAUAGUAGGGUACAUAAUUGGUUUUUUAUAAAUAAUUUUAAGACAUCGGUUUUGAAGUGUUUGUAGCUUUUUCAGAUUCGAAAUACUGGCACGGCCCCACACAGAUACAAGGUAGUUCAGCAAUGAGUGGAUGUGCGCAUAAUAAAAUUUUAGAAGUACAUGCUGGGGAACAAAAGAGCAUACUUUAUGCAUAGCCCCACAUAACGAUGCAACUUUUCUCUCUAUAGAUGUUAUAUGCUCAAUCCAGGAGAGUGUGGGGUCUAAGUGAAGUCCUAAAUAUUUGAAGCAGUUAGAUUCCUGAAUUACAGAAUGUCCCAUUCUUGGGUCUGGAUGCACGCCUAUAGCUCUUCUAGAUGAACGAAACAGCAUGUUCACACCGCUGGGUAGUUGGAGUCGGUGUAACUGCGGACCCCCCGAUAACUGACAGUUCACCGUGAAGAAGAAUAAAACAAAAACAAAGUGUAUCGAGAUAGUGCAGGAAAUUUGGAAUUUAUACUAAAAUAAUUAAAAGUUCAGUGUAAGGAAAUGAUCGGUUGAAUUUAGGGAAUCUAUUUACGCAAUUUAACCCUUCGUAUCACACGAGGACUGAGGACCCAAGGCGCAGACAUUACAUCGUAUUGCUUUGUACGGGUAUAAUUUGAAGAAGAAGAGGAAAGGAUCAGAAAGUAUCAAGGAGAAUUCAGGAAGGAUCGAAGUCGUAAGGAAGGAGGAAACUAUUAGAGUGAGUAGAUUUAGUGCAAAUUAUAAAUCUGUAGCAAUUAAGAAAAUAAUGGCAAUAUAUUUUAGUUUUUGAGCUGCUCCGAAUAGCUGCUGCAAAAUAAAUAGUGUACUCGAACAAUCUCAAAAAUCUAAUACAGAGAUUUCGGUACCCUCUAUCACGAUGAGCGAGAGAUCCCUGGACCUAACGACGACGGCGUGUGCGGAGUGUGGAAAAACGUCCACACGGGAUGAAAAGAUGAUUGCCUGUGACAGCUGUGAUUGCUGGUUUCACAUACGUUGUGUGGGAUUAACAACGGUACCGAAAAAAGACAAGAAAUGGUUCUGUAAGGAGAUUACCUGUGAACGCGUCUUCCAGGAAUACCAGAAACAGAAAAAAGCGUCUCGUACAAAGAAAAUUGCGGAAGAAUAUGACAAAUUGAGCACCAAAUCGACGGAUAAUCGUCCACCGUUGCCCGUACCCGCUGCCGUGGAAGAAAAGUUAGAAGCGAUGGAGAUAGAAAAUCAACGUUUGGAAGAAGAGAUGGAUGCGGAGAUGCUGUUGAAGGAAAAGGAAAUGGAGAUGAAAAAUGCGUUGAAAAUAAGAAGAAUGCGAAUGGAGCAAGCGUUGCGUGAAAGAGAAUUGGAAAAUGAUCGACUGUUGCGCGAACAAGAGAUUGAAAAAAAGGAACUCGAACUUCAGCAAGAAUUGCGGGAAAAGGAAGAGCAUCUGGUCCGCAUGAAGGAAAUGGAAAGAGCGUAUCGCGAGAAAAUGUCCAGUGUUGACAGAGAACUACAGAAAGCAGAAAUCGUUGACAGUAAAAAUAUGGAGGGACAAUUGGAAACGACCAAAACAAAUAGGGAACCCAAUUCGUCCAAGCCAUCGGUUAUUGGUAAGUUGACGGAAGGGAACCUAGAACGCCUCGUGAAAUAUAAUGAGGAAACCAGCGAAGAAGAUGAGUGCUCAAGCAGCAGCGAUGACGAUUCGAGCGUCAAUGGCAAGGACGCUAGAGAUAAUGCCAGUGUUGCUCCAAGCAGACAGCAACGUGUCGGACCGAGUAGGGUGCAACUAGCUGCAAGAAGUGGCCUAACAAAAAAGCUUCCUACUUUCUCGGGGAAGCCUGAAGAAUGGCCUCUUUUCUUCGGAGCUUAUCAAGCAUCGAACGAAGCUUGUGGUUAUACGGAUGUCGAGAAUUUGGUGAGGCUCCAAGACAGCCUGAAAGGUGUAGCUCUGGAUGCUGUUCGGGGACAGCUUUUACUUCCGAGGUCAGUCCCAAGAGUAAUCGCGAAGCUCCGUCAGCUCUACGGUCGCCCCGAACAACUCUUACAAAGCCAUCUAGACAAGGUGCGAAAACUUGAACCGCCAAGAGCUGACAGGCUAGCCAGUUUCAUCCCAUUUGGAAACACGGUAGAACAGCUUUGCGAGCAUCUUGAAGCAGCGGAGCUUACACUGCACCUAGUGAAUCCGAUUCUGAUCCAGGAUUUGGUCAGCAAGCUCCCAGAUGGAGAAAAGCGCCAGUGGGUGCAGUAUAAGAGAAAAAAGAAAAUAGUAACACUGCGUACCUUUACCGACUUCGUCUCCAGAAUCGUGGCAGAUGCAUGUGAGGCAAAUGUCAACGUCGAUUACAAAUUAGAUACCAGGUCUACGGCCGACACAGCCGGAAGAAGCAAGCCGAAGGAAAAAGGCGCAGUAUAUAAUCACAGCGCGGUGAGUCAAUCGGAAUCCAAUGUGUUUGAACGCAAGAAACAAAAACCCUGCCGUGCAUGCCAGCGAGAAGAUCACCGUCUGCGGUUUUGCCAAGACUUCCGCGAUCUACCGCAUGCGGAUCGGAUGCGAAUUGUGACGAAAUGGAAACUCUGCAACAUUUGUCUCAAUGAUCACAGUGGUCAAUGUCGCUUCAAGAUUCGCUGCAACGUGGGUGAAUGUAGAGAACCGCACAAUCCACUAAUUCAUCCAAUAGGAAAUGUUGUAGGCAUGAGUGCAUACAUCAGAUCCGGCAGUUCCAUGAUGUUCCGGAUGAUCCCGGUGCAGAUUCAUUGUGGAGACAGAUCACUUACUGUUCUCGCUUUCCUGGAUGAAGGUGCAUCCGUGACGCUAAUUGAAAAUGAUCUGGCUGAACGGCUGGGACUCACAGGGGUGAGAGAGAAGCUGCUUAUCAACUGGACUUCUGACGUUUAUCGUGUUGAGAAAAAUUCAAGGCGAAUGAACGUGUGGACCUCAGCGGUGGGCGUUGGGGACUCGGAGAAGUUUUUAUUGCACACAGUUAACACUGUUGAAAAGCUGAUGUUGCCUCACCAGACGUUGGACGCUAAUGAGUUAUCGACACAGUACGAACACAUGCGCGAUCUACCAAUCGCAUCAUUCGAUGGUCGACCGGGUGUACUAAUCGGCCUUAACAACAUCCAUACUUUCGCCCCUUUGGAAGCAAGAAUUGGAACGACAAGGGAUCCGAUCGCUGUUCGCUGCAAGCUCGGUUGGACUGUAUAUGGACCGCGUCAAUUGAGUUCAACUUCUUCGGGCGGUUUUCUGGGGUAUCAUCAAGCAAUAUCUAAUGAAGAACUGCAUGAUAUCUUGAAGAGCCACUACUCGCUAGAAGAAUCAGUGGUUAAGGUGCAAGAAGAGUCGGCUGAGGAUCAACGAGCUCGAUUGAUCAUGGAGCGAACUACGAAACGAGUGGAAAAUCGUUUCGAGACGGGCCUACUCUGGAAAACGGAUGAGGUGAACUUCCCAGAUAGCUAUCCCAUGGCGUUGAAACGUCUGAAGCAGCUAGAAAGAAAGCUGCAGAAAUCACCAGAGGUGUAUCAAAAUGUUCGGCAGCAGAUAGCAGAAUUUCAAGAAAAAGAUUAUGCUCACUUAGCGACCGAAGAAGAAUUGACCGGUACCGGAAAAGAUAAAGCUUGGUAUCUUCCGUUAAAUGUAGUCAUAAAUCCGAAAAAGCCCGCUAAAAUUCGACUUAUUUGGGACGCGGCGGCAACCGUACAAGGGGUGUCGCUUAACACAAUGUUGCUGAAGGGGCCCGACUUACUCGCGCCUUUGGUAUCAGUGAUCAUCGGUUUUCGGGAGAGACGAAUCGCCUUUGGGGGAGACAUCCGAGAGAUGUACCAUCAACUAAAAAUUAUCUCAGAGGAUAAGCAAGCUCAACGCUUCCUUUUUCGGAAUGACAGCAGUGAGGCGCCAAAGGUAUAUGUGAUGGAUGUUGCUACCUUUGGUUCAACAUGCUCUCCAGCGUCGGCACAGUUCGUUAAAAAUCGUAAUGCGACAGAGUAUGCAAUACAGUAUCCUGAAGCAGCAGCAGCCAUCAUUGAUCGGCAUUACGUCGAUGACUAUUUCGACAGUGUCGAUACGAUCGAAGAGGCGAUAGAACGAGCACAGCAAGUGAAGUUUAUUCAUGAACAGGCUGGUUUUGAGAUGAGGAACUGGGUUUCGAAUUCUCCGGUGGUUUUAUCGGCUCUGGGCGAAAACAAAUCGUCGAGGUCGGUCGUUUUUCAGCAAAAUAAGCAGUCAUCCAGUGAGCGCGUGCUUGGAGUGUUCUGGGAUUUGAACCAAGAUGCGUUCGCGUUUUCCGUUACUCACCGUGCAGAGAUUAAAGCGUAUUUGUUUGAAGAAAAGCGGCCGACAAAGCGGAUCGUUUUAAGCUGUGUCAUGGGACUGUUUGACCCAUUGGGCCUGCUUUCGCCAUUCACGAUCCAUGGUAAAAUUCUCAUACAACAUCUCUGGCGAAAUGGAUGCGAAUGGGACCAAGAGAUCGAUGAACCAAAUUGGUGUUUGUGGAAACAGUGGACGGAGUUGCUGCCUAAAGUGGAAGCCCUACGCAUUCCGCGAUGCUAUUUGGGAGAUACUAUGUCUUUGUCGAUAGAGACGCUCGAGCUGCACAUAUUUACUGACGCGAGUGAAAACGCCUACGGUUGUGUUGCGUAUCUACGAUUGGUCGUUCAUGGAGCAGUGAAGUGUAGCCUGAUCAUGUCACGAGCCAAAGUCGCACCACUGAAGCGCCAGUCGAUCCCUAGGUUAGAAUUGAUGGCAGCAGUUCUGGGGGCCCGAAUGAGGCAAACUAUUAUGGAAACGCAUUCUUUGCGAAUCGAUCAAACCAUUCUGUGGACAGAUUCACGAACGGUACUGUCAUGGCUGCAGUCUGACCAGCAUAAAUUCAAGCAAUUUGUUGCGUUUAGAGUGGGUGAAAUUUUGGAAUUAACUCAUAUGCGAGACUGGAGAUGGGUGCCGACAAAGCAAAAUAUCGCAGAUGUGCUCACUAAGUGGGGUCGUAGUCCACCAUUACACAACGAAUCGGAAUGGGUCCACGGUCCCUCAGUACUGUAUCUACCGAGAGAGCAGUGGCCUUCUGCUGAAACAAUCGAGGAAACCUUAGAAGAAACUAGAGGCACUAUGCUGUUUCACGCGGUGGUCGAAGCCGAAACUAUUUCCAGCUGGACGAAACUAGUACGCGUGGUGGCAACCGUUAUGCGCUUCAUCUCCAACUGUCGACGUAAAAGAAUUGGUUUGCCGAUAGUGACUUAUCAAUCAUCAGAGUACCACUGUCGGUUGAUCCAAGCGGAGUAUUCGACAAUCAAGAAACCGCUUCAGCAGGAGGAACUUCAAAAGGCAGAAACCGUUCUGUGGAGGCAAGCACAAUUCGAGAGUUUUCCCAAUGAAAUGAAUACUCUAACAAGGAAUCUACAAAGGAAAGAUGAUCAGCCACAGGAGAGGAUUGAAAAAUCUAGCACUCUGUAUAAAAAAUCACCGGUGUUAGACGAAGAAGGCGUUCUGAGAGUACGCGGCCGAUUGGAGACGAACGAGGAGCUGCCCUUUGACAUGAGAUUCCCAAUCAUCCUAUCUGGAAAACAUAACAUCACGAAAAAGUUGAUCCUACACUUUCACUACAAGUACGGCCACGCUAACAGAGAAACUGUAUUUAAUGAACUACGUCAAAAAUUUUGGAUCCCAAAGGCGCGUGCUGCUGUACUACAGGCGACGAGGGACUGCAUGUGGUGUAAAGUGAAUCGAUGUGUACCCUUUGUUCCAAUGAUGGCACCGCUACCUGUUCCACGUAUUACCCCUCACUUACGUCCUUUCAGUGCAGUGGGUGUUGACUAUCUAGGUCCGGUCGAAGUCACGGUGGGACGCAGAAAAGAGAAAAGAUGGAUCGUCGUAUUCACCUGUAUGGCUAUGCGAGCGGUGCAUCUCGAUGUGGUGCACAGUUUGAGCACACAAUCCUGCCUAAUGGCCAUCAGGCGAUUCACUUGCAAGCGCGGAGCACCGGAGCAAAUAUUCUCUGAUAACGCUACGUGUUUUCGUGGAGCAAACGCAGCGACGACGAAGAUGAUUCAGAAGAUUAAUGAAGAAUGUGCAAGAAAGGUGAUAUCAACUGUUACUUCAUGGCACUUUAACCCUCCUGGAACUCCGCAUAUGGGUGGCAUCUGGGAACGGAUGGUGCGAUCCGUCAAAGAAGCUCUGAAAGUUUUAGAUGAUGGGUGGAAAUUAACAGACGAGAUCCUUUCAACGAGUCUAGCCGAAGCAGAAGACAUGAUUAAUACUCGUCCAUUAACAUAUGUUCCUCAGGAUGACGACGGCGAAGAAGCCAUCACACCAAACCACUUCUUGCGUGGAAAAGUGACCAAUUUGGACAUGCUUCUGGAUGGUUCCGUGGACUUUGCUGAAACUUUGCGCAAUGUUUACAAGCGGUCACAAUAUAUAGCUAACAAGAUGUGGGAACGCUGGCUGAAAGAAUAUCUGCCCUCGCUAAAUCAUCGCACAAAGUGGUUCGACGACCAGAAGCCGCUCGAAGUUGGGGACCUAGUGUUCGUAGUUGAUGGGAAGUUCAGGAAGAACUGGGUACGAGGAAGAGUUCACAAGGUAAUCCAAGGAGCAGAUGGAAGAAUCCGUCAAGCAGACGUUAAGACGGCGGAUGGCAAGGUGCAUCGGCGUGCCGUGGCGAAUCUAGCGGUGUUAGAAAUUCAAAAUUGUAAAUCCGGAUCUUCAGGAUGAGCCACCAGAUGUUACGGUCGGGGGAUUGUUCACACCGCUGGGUAGUUGGAGUCGGUGUAACUGCGGACCCCCCGAUAACUGACAGUUCACCGUGAAGAAGAAUAAAACAAAAACAAAGUGUAUCGAGAUAGUGCAGGAAAUUUGGAAUUUAUACUAAAAUAAUUAAAAGUUCAG